UUCAGUCGAAAUUAGUUCUUUGGAUGCAACGGACGCGGUCGAAGCACGAGCUUUGUGUUGUAUUUAAAAUCGCCCUUAUUGGCCGGCAUUUUACGCGCGCUCUGUAUUUACAAUUUUCUGCAAGCGACGCGUGCAACAGGACGUAAACAAAACGCAACGUUUUGUUUGUUUAAAUUUUAGAGCCACAUCAAACGGAUUUAAUCGAAGUACAAAUUAGACGAGUUACAGCAAACAAAAAAGUAAACACAAAAACCGGUUGCAAAAAUAAAACAACAUCACAACAACAACAACAACAACAAUAAUAAGCAGUAGCAACAGGUGAGUUCAAUGCAAAAACACAAAACGAAGCGAAAACAACACGCUGGGCUCUCUCAAGGCCGCUCCUCAGAGUAUAGUAUAACGACGAAUAGCUGAAAAUCGCUUUGGAGCGCGCGAGCAAAUCGGGAAUUAUGUCAGGGCGCAGAAGUCAGACACAGAUGGCGCCACCGCCGCCGCCACCCAAGCCAAACAAGGCUCAGGCAACGGCAACGGCAACGAAUGGCAACGGUGCUCUGCCGAAUGGCACCGCCAACAACAACAGCAGUUACAACGGCAAUAAUAAAAGUGUCGCAGUCACAACGUCAGCGGAGGAAAGCCAAAGCCAGAGCCAGAACAGCAACGCUCCCCAGAGGAGUCAGACACCGCCACGGACAGAGCAGGUCGUGAUGACGCCCCGGGGCAAAACCGCCAACAGCACCGUCAUUCUCAUCGAGCGCAAGCUCGUCGAUCAGAUCAAUGAUCGCGUCCAUGUCGCUGGCGGCGAUCACACUGGCAUCAUCAUCAACAAGGACACCAUCGCCGGACAGAAGAGCGCCAGCAAGGCGGCAGCCCUUUCACUCGAGUUCCGUGUCUUUCUGGUCAGCGCCAAUACGGGAAAACAUUCGCAGGAGUCGCGCACGUUGCGCUUCUGGUUCCGCGAUUGGCUCACCAACGAUGAAAAGCAGGCUCACAUUGCCCAGGACUUCUUCAAGGAGCUCGUCAGUCCGCAGGACUUUCCCAGAGAUUAUGUUGGCUUUAUCAAGAAGAUAAUGAAGCUGUUGCAGCACGGUUACGCCGAGAUACAGUCCAUUGAGAUCGAGCUGCGCAUUCUGGAGGAGACAUCAGCGCCGCCGUCACGUCCGCCUCGCGAUGGCUACAUCAUCUAUUGCUAUGGCGACUGCAAUCGCAAGUUCGAGGAGGCGCUCUUGGCCCAGAAGAAAACAGUCUCGUUGGAGGAAUCACAAUUCGAAUCUCCGCCAUUAACACAAGAGAAGGUGCUGGAACUCAUCGAGCAGGCUUAUCCGAAUCCUGUUUCUCCCGAGGACUUGGCCAAGGACUAUGGCUGGAGCGAGCAGGAUGUGCUGUUGGUCAUACAAUCGCUGCAGGAGCGCGGCCUCAUUAAGCUGAUGGAAUACAAUGCGUACACGCGCAUUGUUUACGAGGACAAGGAGAUCAAGGUGGUCAAACAGAUGCCGACGAUAGCCUCGAAUAAGCAGCCCACCAUUGCCAUCAUUACCGCGCAGUAUUGCGAGAAAUUGGCCGUCGAUGCCAUGUUGGAGAACAAGGAGACGUUUGUCCGUUAUACCACAGUCGAUUCCGAUCCCAAUCUAACGAACUCACUCAGAAAAUCCAAAAAGAAAGGCCGAUUUGGCGAAUCAAAUGUUUAUACCUUGGGCAACAUUGGAGCACAUCGAAUUGUGAGCACAAAACUGCCAUCGGUGGGCAGCACACGGGAGGCGAUGACAGCGACUGGCAAUACCACGACCCGACUGCUGGGCACAUUCCAAAAGGUUGACUAUGUCUUCAUUGUGGGCGUGGCCGGCGGUGUGCCCCACUAUACCGACUACAAGAAGCAUGUGCGACUCGGUGACGUUGUCAUCUCGUAUGUGGACAAACAGCGUGCGCUGAUCAACAGCAAGGAGAAACCCUACGUCUAUGUGUACAAGAGUGGGGAGGACGUCAAGACCUAUUUCCCCAUCAACGAUUCACUGCAACAGAUUGCCGAGAGUCUGCAAGCGAAUAUGGAAGUGAAGCGACCCUGGGAGAGAUAUUUGAAUGAUGCCCAGAAAACGCUCGCCCAGCGAACGGAAAGUGACUUUGGACGUCCCGAUGCCAAGACGGACAAACUGUUCAUGAACAUUGGCAACAACGAGGUCAUCGAAGUGGCCCAUCCGAUUGCCGCCGAUGAGGUUAACGGCAUCACACGACCGCGCCUGCAUUUGGGACCCAUUGGGUCGGGUCGUGAUCUGGUCCGCAGCGAUGAUUUGCGCACACAGUUUGCUCGCAAAUUUGGUCUGCUCGCCACGGAUGUGGAGAUGAGCAAUGUCCUCGACAGCAUCAUUGGCAAUUGUCGCGAGAGUUUCAUUCUGGUCAAGGGCAUUUCGGAUUACAAGGAUGGUAUGUCGACGCGCAAAUGGCAGAAUUAUGCCUCACUCUCCGCCGCCGCCGUUGUCAAAUCUGUCAUCUGUGGCAUGGAUGCGCCGACCAAUGUUUAAAUUCUAUCAAAAAACAAAAA